GUCGUAGGCAACUCACCAAUAAAUUCCACCAAGACACACUGUACCUUUAUAGCUCAGUGUGGGUGCUAGUUCUCGUGUAGUCACUAGAGAAGAAGCAAAGGCUUGUGUUGAAAGUUCUCCUGUUCCAGUGUACGUCUAGAUUCUCCUUCCAUACUGCCAUCUGUUGAGGAGCGUCCCAACAUCACUUCUUGCACCUCAGUUUCUCUGCUGUAGGGAAGAAACGUAGCCUACUGACGUUGAUCCUGACUUGUCCCUGAGAAAUGAAGGCUCUCCUGUUCCUCCUGCUCCUAGGAGCGUGUCUGACAGGGUCUAAGGCUUUCUUCUGGGGGGAUUUAGAGACGUACAAAAAUACAGUUACCACCGACGAGGACCAGAGUCACCACCACCACCAUCACCAUAAACACGACUCCCACCACACCGCUACCACAUUACCACAACCACCAGCACCUCACAGCAACGACACCCAUACGACCACAGAGCGCUACGUGUACAACGCCACAACAGCCAGCAGCCACCUAUGCCCGAUGCUGUACACACGAGUGGGUGACCGCUGUCUCGCCUUCUUCACCGUCGCCAGGGUGCCGUGGACUGCUGCUCAACAAUUCUGUCAUGGCAUCUUUGGCGACCUCAUCACAUUCUCCAACAUUCAUCAAUACACAGAACUCCUCCAAUACCUCCAGAACUCCGAGAUUGGCGUCGACCUGUGGGUGGGAGGGCACGAAGAUAAGGAGGACCGCUUCAAGUGGGUAUGGGUGGACCAAACGCCCAUGCCCACAGGUACACCUUACUGGGCCAUCAAGUCAACAUUGACGAGUCCUAAAGGAGAUUAUUACCAUCGUGGCGCCACCAUCACCUACAUGCAGGCGCCACUCACGACCACUUAUAGAGACGAUCCCGAAGAGAGGUGCGCCGCCAUGACACCCAAAUACUACUUCUACCUGACGGACGAACUGUGUGGUGACUGGAAGAGCCCCUUGUGUGUCCUUCGGGAGGGCGUCGAGGUUGUGAUGGUUCGGGGCAGUGAGCACACAUACCCUGGCAUCUUCAUACCCACUGACGACACCCAAACCACCUCGGUCUUGGUGGAGGACGAUGGACAUCACAAGGUUUCCACUGAGGCUCCCGAAGGUUCUAAUGAGGAGGAAGGAGGUUCUAAUGAGGAGGAAGGAGGUUCUAAUGAGGAGGAAGAAGGCUCUAAUAAGGAGGAAGAAGGCUCUAAUAAGGAGGAAGAAGGCUCUAAUAAGGAGGAAGGAGGCUCUAAUAAGGAGGAAGAAGGCUCAGGAGAAGAAAAAGGUUCGGGAGAGGAGGAUGCCAAUAAUACCCCGGAAAGCGACGACGAGGACUCAAGCGAAGAGGCGGGGGACGGAGAGGAAGGUUCUGGCGCAAAGUAUAACUCCAAGUCUGAUUAUAUUUUCUCCUUCAACAAUAUCUUCAUUGACCAAGCUGAUUAACCUGGAGACAAUUACACAUUAAUAUUCCUUUUGAUGUUGAGUGUAGUUAGGCAUUUAUAAAAUUAUGCCUUGGUGUGCUUGAUGCUGUGUGUGUGUGUAUGUUCUGAGUGUUGAUAACGAUAAGUUAUCUUUAUUUAAUUCUAGUUUAUAAUAGUGUUUAUGAUUACUGGCUGACGAGUGUGACCAUAAGUAUUGGUUCUCAAAUAUACUUACAUUACAUACAGUAUAAACUGAAACACCCGAAUUGUGAUGAUGUUUCUGCUAUGAAUAAAUUAUUAAAGUUC